AUGCGAGCCUACCCGACCAGCGCGGUAGGCGGCGCCGUGGCCACGUUCCUGGCAGGGUUCCUGGCGCACGACGUCCUGGGGCCCGCGCUGGUGCACGAGGCGAGCGGCCUGCCACCGCGCAGUGGGCCAGGCCACGAGCUGGAGGUCAGCUCGUCCAGCAGCACCUCCACGAGCACCAGCGCCGCGCUGGCUUGCUUGUGCCCGGCGCCGCCGGCGCCGAAGGAACCCGAGCCGUCGCCGCUGCGAGUGGCAGGCACGGGGCUCGAUUCGACCGUGGAGGUGCCGCUCGCCGUGGCGCUGGGUGUCGGGGCGCUGUUGACGCUGGCCGCCGCCGCUCGCUGCUGGAGCCGAGUGGAGGACCAGGCCUUGGCACGGAAGGUGCUCGAGCCGAUAGGUGAGUCACGGAUCCACUUGGCCUGGGUGCUAGUGACGUACAGUGACGACCCGGGCUGGACGCACGAACGAGUGCUACUGUGGCCGCACAAUGAGGCUCGCACGAGCUGGCAGAUCUACACGCCUGGCAACGACUUAUAUGCUGAGGACUUCGGGGACUACGCCUCGCUCGUUCCCGUGACGGGGCGGAGGCGUUACCCACCAGGCGUCAGGAACGUGGUAGCGUUCAACAGGAGCCUGCAGGCCGCCGAGCUGGUCUCGCUCAUCAGGCGCGGUCGAGGCGAGGCCGUCCUCGAGCACGGACCGCUAGCGAAUGGCUGGUGGGGGCAGGACUGGCUCGGAGGCAGGUUGGACAUCCCCGCGCCAACGGCCGUGGAGGUGCCACGCGUGCGGCGCCGCCUGCGCAGGAAGGCCGCGGAGGUCCAGACCGACCUCCCUGUGCUCGGUGACGGGAGCCCCCCUCCGCCGCCGCCGCCGCCUUCGGAGAGGCCGCCAGGGUCGUGGGUUCGUUGCUCCUUCGAGGACAGCGACUUCGGACAGAUGGUGCCCCUCCCAGCUACUGCCAUCCUGCGAGGCCGCUAUGGGCUCGACAAGGAUGAGAUGGGUGAGUGGCGUCCCAUAGAGUAUGUGCUGGACGAUCAGGCCUACAGCUGGCGAGAUGACAAGUUGGUGCGGCGGAUCGGCAGCGACCACCACGAAGCCGAGGAUCUGCGCGCGUGCUGGAUCGACGUCGACGAGACAGGUUCGAGGUUCAAGGAGUGGCGCAAGGUAGUGCAGGAGAGUACGCAGGAGGUGUUCUCUGACUCGAGCCUGCGCGGGCCGCCAGCGUGCCCGGAGGUAUGCCGCAAGAUGUACCGGCACGGCGGCACGCCCGAGAUCUGGUUCCAGGAGUGGUGCGAGGAGACAGGGAUCUCUCGACGGGAUCGUGCUUACCACGAGGUGCAGACGCUCAUCGAGUGCCUGUGCCUCGCGGGCACCUACGACCAGGUGAACAUGG